GGGCCGACAGUUUUUAUCACAAACGACCGUCGCAUCUCAGAGAGGUUCCGAAGGCAGCUGCUGCGAACAGUUUGCAUAUUCUUGCUUAUGGAGGUAACCAAACUGAAUGAUGAAUGAGUGAAGACUCUGCGAUCAAGUGUUUUAGUCGAAUCCCACAACAUCCAGGAUAACAGUGGAGGGAAAAGGCUGCAGAGGCAAAAUGAGUCUUACUGUUUGCUGCUUGAUGACACUGGCUGUCGUCUGUGUCACACAUAGCCUGGUGAUAACAGAUCAACUCCACAAGUUUAAACGAUCUGAUCAAAAUGUACCUGGAAGCUGUGAGCCAGUAUCCCAACAGCCUCAGUUCAGGGGGAACCUGAACAAUUUCACAGUAGAUCUUCGAAUGCCAGGCGUUGUUCCCCCUCAUUCGGACUCAUACUUGUGCAUGUCCUCUCCUGUACCAACAAAUCAAGAGGUCUACAUUGUGGAUUUUACUCCUUAUGCCAGUAUGGACACAGUUCAUCACAUGCUACUGUUUGGCUGCCAGACUCCUGUCUCUACAAGUGGCUACUGGGAUUGUGGCAGUUCACAAGGAACCUGUGAAGAUGAGUCCUCCAUUAUGUAUGCCUGGGCUCGGAACGCACCACCAACCAAACUGCCAAAAGAUGUUGGGUUUAAAGUUGGAGGGCAUUCAAAAAUCUCCUACUUUGUUCUACAAGUGCAUUAUGGUGAUGUAACUGCUUUUAAAGACCAUCAUAAGGAUUGCUCGGGAGUAUCAAUGAGUCUGACAACUAAACCGCAGCCAUUUAUUGCUGGUAUAUAUCUUCUGAUGACAGUAGAUACAGUCAUUCCCCCUGGAAACAUUGUUACAAAUAUGGAUUCUGCCUGUGAUUACACUUCAUACCCCAUGUACCCGUUUGCCUUCAGGACCCACACCCACAGCCUUGGUAAAGUGGUGAGUGGCUACAGGGUCAGAGAUGGGAAGUGGACCUUGAUUGGGAGACAGUCCCCUCAGCUUCCACAGGCUUUUUAUCCGGUUAAUAAGGAUGUGGAAGUUAAAUAUGGUGACACACUUGCAGCCAGAUGUGUUUUUACUGGUGAAGGGAGAACCUCUAAAACCUCUAUUGGUAGUACUUCUGAUGAUGAGAUGUGCAAUUUUUACAUAAUGUACUACAUGGACCGGAAACACGCAAUCCCCUUCUUCAACUGCAUGAAAACAGGCUCAAAAGAGUUGUUCCAGGAAAUCCCAGCUGAGGCCAAUGUCCCCAUUAAUGUACCACCAAACCUAAUGCAUUCUAUGACACACAAGGGACAUUCGGAUAACCAAGAUAUAGCACCCAAAGAUGCUGCUCAGAGUCAGGACCAAGAUUUUCAUUUGGAGCAAGUGAUAAAUUGGCCACAGGGACCCCUUCAGCUGGGGCAGGUGUCAGGAGUCGCCAUAGACGCGGACUCAAACCUGGUCGUUUUCCAUCGUGGUGACCAUGCCUGGGAAGAUAAAUCAUUUGAUUCAAAAGAUAGAUACCAGCAGAAAACUCUUGGACCAAUUCAGCAAUCCACUAUUUUAGUUCUGGACACUGUAAGUGGCAAGAUCCUAAAGGCAUCGGGCAGGAACAUGUUUUAUUUGCCUCAUGGGAUAACUACAGAUGGGAACCAUUACUGGGUGACCGAUGUUGCUCUUCAUCAGGUGUUUAAAGUGAGCAGUGACGGCAGAGACCAAAUACUUCUUAGUCUGGGAGAGGCUUUUGUACCAGGAAGUGACCAUCACCACUUCUGCAAACCCACCGAUGUUGCAGUAGAUAGUGAAAAUGGAAACAUCUUUAUUUCAGAUGGCUAUUGCAAUGCCAGAAUACUCAAGUUCUCUGCUGACGGCAAAUACUUGUCUCAGUGGGGUGGAGGCUACACGGACAGAAGAAGGCGUUUCCCAUUCAGGAUACCCCACAGUCUGGUCUUCCUUCCCGAUAGGCGUGAAGUGUGUGUUGCCGACAGGGAAAAUCGCCGUAUCCAAUGUUUCAUCGCUGAAACUGGGGAGUUUGUCAAAGAAAUCAAGAAAGAUGAAUUUUCUGGUGAAGUCUUUGCAAUCACAUAUAGCCCUGUUGGAGAUGGGUUGAUCUAUGCUGUUAUUUGCGAUACUCGAUUUGGCCUUGCUGCACCUCCAAAGGGUUUUGUAAUCAAUUAUUCUACCAAAGGUGUAAUAGACACAUUCCAGCCAGAUCACAAGGGCUUUAAAAUGCCACAUGACAUUGCUGUGACCAAAGAUGGCACUGUGUUUGUUGGAGAUGUAGGGACAAAAGCAGUCUACAAGUUUACCUCUGAAAAAGCACAUCGAUCUGUCAAAAAAGCUGGGAUUGAAGUUCAGGAGCUUGAGGAAGUGGAGGCAUAUGUUCAAGCCAAACUUAAACCAGAGUUCAAACUGAAAUCUGAGCCUAAAAUUGAAAGGGCUACUGUGGGCCCACAGAAGCAAAUUGUUCCUCAAAUACAGAAGAUGGUGGAUGAGGAUGCAGAGAAGACAAAAGCAGAGGCUAAGCCAAACAAGGAUCAGAGUGUGUUCCCCAUCGUCAUGACGACUCUGCUGCUCGUACCUCUGCUCCUGGUCGUCAUCAUGGCAGGUUUUAUAUGCUACAGGAAAAGAAAUCAGUAUGAAGUGAAGCCAGAACCAACUUCUGUGGGAGGAAUCUUGGGUAAACUAAGAGGUAAAGCUGUGGGCAGCCUGAACCUGGGGAAUUUCUUUGCAGCUCACAAAGGUUACAGUCGGCAGGGCUUUGACCAGCUGAGCACCGAGGGCAGCGACCAGGAGAGGAUCGACGAGGACAGCAGUGACUCUGAGAACGAAGAGUAUUCCGCCCUGCCCCCGCCCCGCACCUCCUAGACAGUCUGUCCAUGCUUACAUUACCAGGAUGUCCAGUUUUGUUGCCAAUGUUUUUCCUAUUUAUAUAUUCAGUGUAUAUUGUGGCCUAUUUUGUUUUAUGAUGUAAAUACAUUCAGGAUAGUUAAUCAUAAUUUUACAAUGACUUUUAAGAGGUCUUGACAUUUCAAGUAAAUUUAUAGAGUCCAAACAUAAAAUGUCUAAUAGAGAAUUUUUAGAUAAUUAAUUACUAGUGGUAAAUCUGAAGGAUAUAUUGCAUUGCAAGAGAAAGAAUUUCUGAUAAAUAUUUUAAUAUCCAGCUACUGUUUUGUUUCUAAGGGACCAGGCCAACACCCCAACCCUCUCCCCUUUUGCGGCAUUAUAACCAGAGUUGAGCAGGAAUGAGUGAGGCUGUAUUGUACAAUGGACAGUUUUUCUCUGUAGUGGUGAAGUGCUGUACAUAGAAAAAAGCAGGGUAAGUUAUUUAAUUAUAAUUUCUCAAACAAAUGCGCUGACACCUCUGUUCUGUGCCACUCACCCCCUCUUCACUCUGGUCAAUCCAAUAUUUAAAUGGCAUUAACUGAAACGCUGAAGACCUUUCCUGAACUGCAAAUUGUUACAUCUUUUUGAACCAAACUAAAUAAUUGUAUAAUGGCACUGUAGUACAAAUAUAACUGCCCUAAAAUGUAGUAAAGCUGCAAUCAUCAGUCUUUAUGUAAUUAUUGAAUCGCCAUUUCAGUUUUGUAGCAUUUUACUUGUAAUUUGGUGCCUUUUUGUCUGUAUUUUGCCUUCCUUCAGCAUUUUCCAUUAUAAAAUGCACAACAGGAAAAAUAGCUGCUGCUCGAAGAGCUUGUAAUAUAUAAAUUUAUCUUCUAUUUCAAAUUACAAAGUAUAUUAUAUAUAAAUAUAUGUAUGCGUGUGUGUAGCUAUUUCUUUAGAGUCCUUAUCACUGUAACUCUUCAGGGCAAUGUGCACAUUCAGCCACGUCUUGUGAACUUGAGUUAACAAAUCUAAACUUCAAUAUUUUAUAGCUGCAUCUUGUCACUGACCAAACAUUUACAAUUUUACAACUGUUUUGAGUUUCUAAAGCCUUAGGAAAUUCACUUUUGCACAGAAUGAUGGUUUUGUCACUCUUUACAUAACAUUCAGUUUAAUCUUCAUAAUUAAAUAUUUAUGAUGGCACCUCAUAGCUGACAGGAUUAUCUCUGUCAAGUUGCCCAUAAGCUUCCAAGAAAAUGUCUUUAUCCUUGUUAAUUUUAAGUAUAAAUUAUACAGGACUUUCAGUCAGCUUUUUUCAAAUCAAAAUCAAGAGGGUAGUACUGCUUAAUCUCUUAAGCCUGUAUGUGCCAAACUUCAGCAGCACACACCAGCCUUUUAUUUGUCUUCAUUAUUUCUUAAGUAGUUGCUUUAUGUAACAGAUGAGAAGUAUAGUAAAUGUUGAGAAGUGAUUUUUACUGAGAAAAAGCCUCAAUGAUUUCAAUGACAAAUAUUCCAUGUGGUAUUGUUUUAAAGUUGGAGAUUUUUUUAUUUUUUUUUUGUACCAACAACAAUGGUUUGUUUUUGAAAAGCUGCUGUUAUUACAUCUAACUACAUACUACUUACACUGUAAUGUGGAUUUAGUUAUGUUUAUGUACAUGUAGCCCAAAUCCUGAAGCCUAUGUAAGUUAAACAAGAUCCCCAUAUUGUAGUCUUACGUUAACAUGUCUGUUUGCCAUACCAAGUCACUGAAGACAUUGUAUGAAUGAUCAUCUUAAUAGCAUGGCAUACAAUUUGAAUGUUUUGGCCAAAUGUGGAUUAUCAAAUAUUUAUUGUGACACACUGGUUUUGCUGCAAGAGUACUAUUUUCAGUAACAAUUGUAUUUGUGUAAUAAAGUGUUUGCAAAGCAUCA